AUGUGUGGUGAAUUCGUUGGAACUGUGCUCUUCCUCUAUUUCGCCUUGUCCGGCGCCCAAGUCGCAAACAGUGUCAACACCUCCAGCGGCAUGUCUCUUGCUGAGACCGGCAGUAAUCCUCAGCAAUUGCAGUAUAUUGCCCUGAGUUUCGGCUUCUCGUUGGCCGUCAACGCCUGGGUCUUCUUCCGUAUCAGUGGUGGACUUUUCAACCCUGCCGUCACUUUCGGCAUGUGUUUGAUCGGUGCAUUGCCCUGGGUCCGUGGUGGUCUUUUGUUCAUCACACAGAUCCUUGGUGGCAUGACUGCUGCUGCUCUGGUGUCGUGCAUGUUCCCUGGUGAACUCAAUGUUCGCACUACUCUCGGUGGAGGUACCUCCGUUGUGCAAGGUCUUUUCAUCGAGAUGUUCUUGACAGCUCAGCUCGUCUUUACUAUCUUCAUGUUGGCCGCAGAGAAGCACAAGGGAACAUUCAUUGCUCCCGUCGGAAUUGGGCUCUCGCUCUUCAUCGCCGAGCUUACCGGUGUCUUUUUCACUGGUGGCAGUCUCAACCCUGCUAGAUCUUUCGGACCUGCAGUCGUAAAUCGCGAGUUUGCUAGCUAUCACUGGAUUUACUGGCUGGGUCCGGUUCUUGGUUCUAUCGUUGCAGCCGGCUUCUACAAAUUCAUCAAGAUUCUGGAAUAUGAGACUGCCAACCCUGGACAAGACAUGGAUCACGCUGCUAAGGUGGAGAAGAGAAAGAACCUUCUUAUUGCUGCCGGUAUCAACGAAGUUGACGCUCACCAUGUUGCAAACGAAUUGCAAGUCAACCAGACCGUUACCGAGAAGGGUGGGCCCGACGGCGCAAUCGUAGCCAACGGCCAAGGUCGUCGCAACUCUGGACAAGACACUGCCAUGUACGGCACUGGCUUCCGCGCAAACUCCCACCAGCACACUGGCUCCACUAGCUCAGGCGACACAGCUGUUCCUCAGAGGCCAUCAGCUGUCACUACAGGAAGCCAACUUGGUCGCUUCAGUUAUCUGGGCCGUGCAGGCGUCCAGCAGCCUAGAAUGAACAGCAUCAUCAACGAGUCAAGAAUGGACAGCCCUGCCAUGACAACAAACGAUGAGCUUUACGCGCCUCUUGCCGCAGGUGGUGAUGAGCCGCUUGGUGGCAUGGUUGCCGAUCAUGAUCCCAGAUACCGCUUCUCCAGAACCAUCAGCAGUGGUGUCUAG